CCCUCCUCGGUUGGUUCUCGGUACCUCGGUUUAGUAAUUCGGUUUUAUUAGUUGUUUUAUUAGUGCGUGAGCGCAGUUGUCGUUCUGAAUAUACGCGUUGUAGAGCAUUGUAGGCAGACGUCAAGUCAAGUGUCUUGUAAUUUCGACAUUAUCGCUGAUGGAAUGGGACCUCCACCCGUAGUCACUGGAAUAUCACCUAAGGAAGGCCCACCUGGCACUCGGGUGACUAUGCGUGGUGAAUUUUUGGGAAAUAAAGCUCAGGAUCUUAUAGGAUUGACAAUAUGUGGGUGCAAUUGUCUGCUUUCGGCCGAAUGGAAGUCGUCCAACAAAAUUAUAGCAAGAUCAGGUCCUUGCAAAGGCCGUGGAGAUAUAAUAGUGACAACACAAAGUGGAGGACAAGGGACCUCAACGGUACAGUUUCGCGGUUACCACGAGACUAUAGGUCCAAUGAAAGAGUCAGCAGUAUGGGUGGAGGAAGCACCUAUGCAAAAUUUAGGCUGGGGUAGAAGGGCUUUGUCACCUACAAACUAUCAACAGGAAGAUCCUUUGGGACUUAGUGUAGAAGGCAAUGACAAAAAGUUUCCCGAAGAUGAGCUAAUUGAACUUUUUGGAGAUGGAAGUGGAGAUCUUACGAGCGAGAAAUUUCAUCCUGGAUGGUUUUUACUACAACAUCAUCAUGCUACGACUUUGGAAGAUUUAAAGGCUGGUUUAGCUUAUCUUCGAAGAAAAGUCAAUUCUCAAAAAGAAGGACAAUUAUCAUUUUUAAAGGCCAAUGUAGGAGCAGUAAUGGAACAACUUGACACGAUAAUGUCGUUAAAGGAUCAAUUUGAAGCAGACAUGAAGAGUUAUGGUAGUGAUCCUACGGAGAAAUUGGAAACUGCCAUCAGGCAGUCUAUGUCUGAGGCUAAUAAAUUGUUCGAUGAUGUAUUAGCGAGGAGGGACAGAGCCGAUGCCACUCGUAACGCAUUGGCUGUUAUGCAACGUUACAAAUUUCUCUUUUGUAUGCCAAUAAACAUUGAGAGGAACAUUAAGCGUGGCAAUUAUGAUCUUGUAAUUAAUGAUUAUGCUAGAGUUAAGAAUCUAUUUAAAAAUACAGAGGUAGAUGUGUUUAAGAAGGUAUUGGAGGAAAUUGACAGUAGAAUCAAUAAUUUUAAAGUAUUGUUACGGAAAAAAUUACAAGAGAUGCCGUUCAGUUUAGAGGAGCGUAAGAAGAUUAUUAGAAACCUUGUCAACCUUGAUGCCGAAGGUGAUCCGGCAUGGGACGCGAUAGUUUCGCAUGCAAAUUAUUUAGAGAAAAGCGUUGCCAAUGCUAUAUACGAGCAUUCGGACAGAGUUAAAAUUAAUUGUGAAGAUGCAAACAAAAUAUCAAAGUCCAUACCGAUAAAUAUCAAGCAUCUACGUUCGCAGAAGAAUAACGGAGAUAGCUCUCCACCACAAAUCUUAUGCGUCGAAGCAAUUUGCGACAUUGUGGUCGAACAGUUGCCAGACCUAUGGAGAUUGGGACAAAGUUACUUCACAGGACAGCUACAUGUAACAGUAGAUGUGGAAAAGCAAAGUCAUUUUAAGAAUUUAGUUUUAUCGAAUAUGCAACAUGCUAUGGGGGCCAUGAAGAGUAUGUGCAGUCACGAUGUAGAGGCAAGGUGGCUCUUACAUAUCUUACGUUGUGUUAGACAAAUGUAUGCUUCUUUGAUACAUCUGGAUUUGCCUAGCGAGGCUCUCGAUAUUUUCGGUUCAUUUAUAUUGGAUUUAAGGAUACAAUGUUUAACUGCUCUCUUCAAACAAGGAGCAGACAAUACGGCAGCUCUGAGUCAAAAAGAAACGUGGCAGAUAGAAUACUUGAACGAGGAUGGUGGAGUUACAAGACUGCCAUAUUUAUUUGAGGAAAUAGUUUUGGUGAUAUCGAAACAUGCGCGAGAAACGGUAGUUGCUUGUGGUCCAAGAGAAGGACCGCUAUUCAAUAAUUCGGCACAUCAGAUUAUCUAUCACAAUGUCAUUAAGACAUUAUUCAUAUCAUUCGCGCGGUGCCUACAACAAUUAGCGUUUAGCGGCUGCGAGGAAGCUAUGGAUAAUGAUGAAACAUCGGUUUCGCAAUUGAUUGGAUCACCUUCUGGUUAUAAAAACAAAACCAAUAAGCAUCAAGGACCAACGUGGGAGCAAUGUCUCUUAAUCUCAUUAAGUAAUAUACGAUACACGUUAAAUAUCGUUUUACCAAGAAUCGGAGAUGCCCUGAAAGCGCAAGGCUAUCCAGAAUUAUCCAUCGCUAUCGGAUGGAACUCUGAUUGGACACAAUUGGAGACGCUGGACAGUGCUGUUCUGGAUGCAUAUCUAGAGCGCCGUUGCGAUCCACUUGUCGGUACGAUAGAGCCUAGUAUGUAUUUAGGCGGUUUAGAAUGGGACUUUGAUACGGAACCGACUCAUUUGAAACCAUAUGCCCAAGAAAUAUUGGCGAAUCUAAUCGCGGUACAUGCAGAGGUACGCAGAGUUGCACCAGCUCUAUUACAGCGGAUCCUAUCUCAUAUAAUAGAGACUAUAGCAGAGGAACUCGCGCGACUCAUGUCAUGCGUUACGCAAUUUCGUCCGGCUGGCAUUAUUCAAGCUCGAACAGAUAUUAUACUCUUGAGAAACGCUCUGCAAGCCUACAGCACAAGUAGAGCGAGAAGCUUUUUCGAGGAAGCUCUGGACGCGAUACCUCAGCCAGUAAAUAAGGAAGAUCACAUGAGAGUAGAAGCCCUUUUGUCAAAAGUCGCAACGUGUAUGCGACUGCAAUUGUCGUGUCUUACCAGUGAGGUAACGGAAAAUAUUCGUUAUUUAACGGCGGAUCCUGAACGCGUUACCACUGUGUAAUUUAUAACGACCAAAGUACGUAAUGUGAUUACGGGACAACAUUAUAUUUAUUAAUAUUAAAUUAUUAAAAGUUCUAUUAUUGUAUUUAUGUUGCACAUAUUAGAUAUGGUACAUUAUACAAUGGAAUUCGCGAAUUCUUACGACUUUUAUUUGAUUGUAAUG